GCUUGAGCAAUAUUGAUACUAGUCACUUAACCUUGUUCAAUCCAUGUUUGAUUCAUGCCAUGAAACUUUCUGAGUUGGCUUUACCUCCCUGGUUUUCCAAUAUGGCUGUUCGUCAUAUCACCUACGGCAUCCUUAUAGGGUUUACCUUGUCUGUGACAUCAACGUCCAUAUCAUCAUAUUGGCGUUCUCGACGACGUCAAAGCCUCUCGCAGGAGCAAUUCGAGCUCCGGCCAAUUGAGCUGGGAAGUGAUGAGGUCCUACAUGGAGUCACUGGACUGAUAGGAAAUACCCCAUUGGUGAGGAUUAACUCGUUGAGUGAUGCUUUGGGAGUCGAGAUUCUUGGGAAAGCGGAGUUUAUGAAUCCUGGAGGGAGUGUCAAGGACCGCGUUGCUCUGCGCAUAAUCGAGGAUGCAGAGCGGCAAGGUUUGCUGUACCCUCACACUGGAUCCCGCAUCUUUGAAGGCACUGUUGGAUCUACUGGCAUCUCGAUAGCAACGAUCGCGAAAGCGAGGGGAUAUGAUACAACGAUUAUCAUGCCCGACGAUGUUGCUCUGGAGAAGGUGAAUGCGUUGCAGGCCCUUGGAGCUGAUGUCCGGCGUGUUCGUCCCGCGAGCAUCGUCGACAAAAAACAGUAUGUGAACAUCGCUAGGCGAGCAGCCAUCGAAUUCGGACGGUCAGAUAUAGUGAAAAAUUUGAACGACGCCCACAUCAGCCACGAGCUCCAGACAGGUUCUCCAUCUGUGGUAGUCACAACUACUUCAUCGCAUGUCCACGCAGAAGGCACCGUUGACGACCCACUGGAUGAGGAUCUGCUGAGCAAGCCGAGGGGCUUCUUCGCCGAUCAAUUCGAGAAUCGUAGUAAUUUUGAAGCCCAUUACGACGGGACUGGCCCAGAAAUCUGGCGUCAAACCAAUGGUCACGUUGAUGCAUUUGUAUCUGGAGCAGGGACAGGUGGAACGAUCGCAGGUAUUGGGCGAUUCCUCAAAUCGAUGGAUGACAAGGUACAGGUUGUCCUAGCGGACCCAGAAGGCAGUGGUCUCUAUAACAAGGUCAAGCAUGGUGUAAUGUACGACCGCAGAGAAGCUGAAGGCACUAAACGACGACAUCAAGUUGACACAGUAGUCGAGGGGAUAGGAAUCAACCGCAUGACGAACAACAUCGAUCUUGCGCUUCCGAUUAUAGAUGACGCGUUCCGGAUAACUGACGUCGAAGCGGUCGCCAUGUCUCGAUACCUCGUUCAAAAUGAUGGUCUAUUUCUAGGUUCGAGCAGUGCCUGCAAUCUGGUAGCAUGCAUCAAAUUUGCAAAGAAAAAGGGUUGGCGGGAAGGUCAAACACUUAUCACAAUCUUGUGUGACUCUGGUAACAGACAUUACUCCAAGUUCUGGAACGAUGAUUACUUGCACAAAGCUAAUAUCCCGAUGGACCGCAGUCUAAUUGAUGUUCUGAUCGCACAACCUGAUUCAGGAGGUUUUUCGCCUCAAUAAUGAAUCCACACGUUGCAUGGGGAUAAAAAUGUAUGCGAGUGCUACGGUACAAAUACUACUUGAUGACGCGAACAACUGGAUGGAGAUGUCCUUAAACGUUCUACCCGAUCGAGAAUCGUCGCUGCUUGAAGAGCAAUCGCAGCGAUUACAUCAUUGACCAUGUGCAUAGCGGGUAAGGCUUUCUGACAGUUGAGGGGCGGCAAGCUUCCGAUAGUGCCUUCUUGAGCGCGAAGGCCUACCCGGAAUCAAGAAGCGAAGCCCUACGGAUACAUCACCAUACAUUAAUGUCGUCUCCAUCUCUUGGGCUGUAUUUUGAAUGGUAUUUGUUUAUCCGUCAACCCUAUAAUCCACGAUUCUGCCGGCAGCACUAGAUUUACAGGACAUAUAAGCAAGCUAUCUUCCUACCGUGUCCCCCCACCCUCAGAGUCAUUAUUCCGAUCUCAUAUCACCUUGCACAAAUAAUGCGUUUCUCCUUUCUCG